GGGUGGCCCUCCGGGUAAGGAGGGACGGUAGCAUCAGGGGCCAGACGGAAGGGGGCUGUCGCUGUCUUACAGAUGUCUGGCACCACGGGGUGUGCAUCCGCUUCGGAGUCACAUGUUCAUUGAAAAUUGAGGUACCAGCACUGGAUCCAGGCUUGCUGAUUGAUAGUCUGGCACUGCCCCCCCCACCAUGGCAGAGGUGGCGGCUGAGGUGGCUGAGCUGCCCACGCAGAUGUCGCCAGGGGCCGUGGAGACGUCAACACCGAUGUUCGGGGAGAUGUCAGCAGAGGUGACCGAGAUGACACCUGGGGAGGCGCUGGCCUCGUCCCUUUUCUUCCAGCAUCACCAGUUCAUGUGCUCUGAGUGUGGCAGUCUCUACAACACGCUGGAGGAAGUCCUCUCGCACCAGGAACAGCAUGUGCCCACUGUCACUGAGGACGAGGCACUGGCCGCCCAGGAUCCUGGCCUGGAGCCCGAGCUCAUGGCAGGGCCUGAGGAAGGGCCCUUCCAGUGUGGGGAGUGCAACCAGCUCAUCCUGUCCCCCGGCGAGCUCCUGGCCCACCAGGACGCCCACCUCCGGGAGUCUGCAAGCCAGAUCCAGUACCAGUGCGGGGACUGCCAGGAGCUCUUCCCCUCGCCUGAGCUGUGGGUGGCUCAUCGCAAGGCCCGGCACCUUUCUGCUGCAGCCACCGAGCCACCAGGGCCGCCCCCGCUGCCCCCGCCGACGCCACCCCCGCCACCCCCCGCUCCACCCGAAGUUAAGAUGGAGCCCUACGAGUGUCCCGAGUGCUCUACCCUCUGUGCCACUCCCGAGGAGUUCUUGGAGCAUCAGGGCACCCACUUUGACUCCCUAGAGAAAGAAGAGCGCAACGGGCUAGAGGAGGAGGAGGAAGAGGAGGAGGAGGAAGACACAGAGGAAGACACAGAGGAGGAAGAGGAGGUGGCGGCAGAGGUCGGUGAGGAUGCUACGGGAGGCGACAGGUCCACAGCCGGCCGGGCCCAGGGCUGUGCGGAUUGUCCCCAACCCUGGACGGCCGCGGAGGCACGCCGGCGACACCGGCGGGCCUCCCGCGGCCCAGCAUCGGCGGCCCACCCCUUCCACUGCACCCAGUGCCAGCGCAGCUUCAGCUCGGCCAACCGGCUGCUGGCGCACGGGCGGGCCCACAUCGGGGGCACGCACGAGUGUACCACCUGCUCCAAGGUCUUCAAGAAGGCCGCCUCCCUGGAGCAGCACCUGCGGCUGCACCGCGGCGAAGCGCGCUACCUCUGCGUGGACUGCGGCCGCGGCUUCGGCACCGAGCUCACGUUGGUGGCUCACCGGCGGGCUCACACCGCCAACCCGCUGCAUCGCUGCCGCUGCGGCAAGACGUUCAGCAACAUGACCAAGUUCCUCUACCACCGGCGCACGCACGCCGGCAAGAGCGGGGGCAAAUCCAACGGGGAGAGUAUGGAUGCACUGCAGACAGCUUCCCACCUGGUGUAA